AUGGGCGUCGCACCUUUUCACUUGUUUCUUUGGUACAAAGUCAUGUCAAAUAUGGAUCUAAAUUCAUCUAUCACUCUAGAAGGUUCAUCUUCGUUGGUUGUAAAGUUCUUUGAGUGUAGUUUGAAUAGUAUUCUCUAUCAGCGAGGCCUGUACCCUAUAGAUGAUUUUAGCAUGACGACACGAUAUGGUAUGAAGGUGCUGAUUUCAACCAAUCCUGAACUUACAGCCUACAUCAGCAGCAUCAUCCGACAAUUACAAGAAUGGCUAAAAUCAAGUACGAUCAGCAAGCUUGUUAUUGUAAUCAAAUCAAGAGAGACAUUGGAGGUACUGGAGAGAUGGAAUUUCAAUAUCGAAGUCAAUGGUGAGAAUGGCCUCCCUAUGGCAGAAAAUAUACCUCCUGAUCAGGCUAAAAUUAUACAACAAAACACAAUCAAACAGAUCCGAUCCAUUUUACGACAAAUUACAGCAAGUGUGUCAUUUCUACCAGAACUAGAGGGAGAUGACUGCACAUUCAAUGUCUUGGUUUAUGCCAACAAGGAUGUAGUGGUGCCUGUACAAUGGGGAGACAGUGGACCAGAACUCAUUGAAGGCGGGGGUGAACAUGUUCGCUUGCAUUCUCUGAACACUCUCGUACAUAAGGUGGAUUCAUUUGUUGCAUACAAAAUGGAUAGUGAUUUAUAA